AUGCCAACCAUCAUACACCAGCCUCACCACCAAGUUCCGCUCUUUAGCUUGCAGGACAUGAGGUUCUUCCAGCACUUCAUGCUCCAGUGCUACCCGCACCACCCCAUCGGCAACGAGAACAUUUGGACCCACGAGAUUCCAUGCUUGUCUCAAAGCCACGAGUUUUUAAUGCACGCCAUCCUCGGCAUGGCGGCCUGCGAUCUAAUGGCCCAAGACCCGAGCCUGUUGGCCUUCGCCAUGGCACAUCGUGUCAAGGCCAUCAAGGCAAUCAAGAAGUCUCUGGCCGAGCUUCCGACCAAGGGGACCAACACAGAGCACGCCAACGCGCUCGUAGCCACGUGCUUUGCACUGACGUUCCAGUCGACCAGCUUCGAGGAUGGCAUGGGCGAGUUCAUGACCUUCAUUAGAGGCAUUCUCAUCAUCGGCGCGCAGAUGAUGUGCAAAGGGAUCAAGCCCGUCUUCGUCAACAUGCUUGACCAAGAUUCGCGGGCGGUCUUGGAGCCGAAGAUGGUGAAUCUUCCAUUGAUACGGCAGGAGUGGGCUGACGGUGCGGUUGAAGCCAUUGGUGCGUUACGACAUCUGUGCCGAGACGAUGUUGAGAUUCAGUACUAUGAUAUCAUAUACGAGUUGGCGUGCAAGAUGCAUACAUCAUCCUGGGAAGCGUACAGAAUGAUCUCGAAACACUACGGCUGGUGGAUCCAGCUGCCACAUGACAAGUUCCAGCGGGUCAUCGACAUGUCAAACAUGACGAUGGUUCUCCUGGCUACUCACUGGAUCGCCGCUCAGCUAGUAAUGGCGUCGGUUACCAAGGCCGAGCAUGAAUGCCGCGAGAAAGCGCCGCCGAAGAAGGAGACGGACAACCCUGAGGACACGGGCAGCAUUGUCCGCUGGCUGAGGUAUCUGAACAGGCAGAUAGACCAUGAGCACCUCAUAUACAACCAGUGGCCGGUGUGGGUGGAGGACCAGAUGAGUCGGGAUCACUUCUUCUUUACAAAGAUAGAAUGA